GCACACUUGGGGACAGAGCGUUGCCAGGCUGAGGGGGAGCAGGAGGGGAUAGCUGUGGGCGGAGGAGCAGGGAAGGACGAGAGAGAAUGUGGGUUGAGUGUGUCUUUCAGAAGUGCCAAGGACUGUUUCACACCUUGAGGUACUCCUUGGGAUUCACAUCCUUAUCUCCUGUCUUGUCUGUUCUUUAUAUGCUUUCUCAGAGGUCCUCCAUCUCCUGUGAUCAUUGAGGGGAAGUGCAGUGACUCAUGGGAACUCUAAAACCCAUGCAGUAGUCUUGGGAAGCACAUGGAUAUUGCCCCAGAAAGAGGAGCAGUGCUUAUUGAAUGCACUCUGGCAACUAUAAGGGUUUUUGGGGGAAACUCUGGGAUCUUGGUGACAGGGUUCUUUAGUACCAGAGGCUGGAUGCCCCUGGGGAAAAAAGGCAGCAAAAGGCAACAGCACUGAUGGGAGGUUCCCUCCCCAAAGAGGAAGCCUCCUGUAUCUCGAGAGAUUUCCCCAUGCUUCUGUUUCCUUCCUGUGGUUGCAAGUCUUGCAGUCAUCUACAAAUGCCUGAGCUCAGAUGCAGCAAGUGGGGCUGAGAUUUCAAUUUUGCUUGGGGAUUUCAUGCUGGCAUGGCCCUGCAGUUGUUGUCUCUGAGGUUUCUCCCAGUGCUUGUAUCUCUGCUGGCAGCACAGGGCCAGGAAGCACCUGAUCCCAAGGUUCAAGGAUUACCCCAGGAAACAGAAACAUGCCAAAGGCCCCGGUGGAGCUCAAGUCUCCAGCUGUCACCAGACCAGGAGAACUACAAGAAGAAUGAAGAAGUGAUGCUGAGCUGCCCUGAGGGUUUCCAGCCAACUUUCACCCAUGUCAAAUGUGCAAGGGAAGUCCAGUCCAUCAGUCAUGGGAAACCUGUAUACAGAGAUGUUUGGCUUGGAAGGAACACCAGAGAUGACUGGAUCCGCAUUCGGUCCAGUGUGGAGUGCCUUGAGGUCCUCCAGGUUGUCCCUGGGACCCUGGAGAUUUCCAGCACCAGCAUCAAACUGAACUGGACCUGCAGUGUCCCUGACGUGUGCCAGCGCAUGCGGGCCAGGUGCCGUUUGGCAGGACCUUUGUCCUCUCCCUGUGAGGCUGAAGAGGUGAAGGGAGAGGAGACACUGCAGGGCCAGGAGGGAACAUUCACCUGUCCCGCUCUGCAGCCCUUCACUGACUACAGUGUCACCAUCUCCCUGCCACCCAGCACAGUCCUGUUCACAUGGUUGGUCAGGACAGAGGAAACAGUGCCAGACAAACUGGAGAAGCUGUGGCUGGAUCCCAGCACAGGGUUCCUCAGAUGGAAGCCGCUGCCCUCCUGCAAAGGGGAGAUCAUUGGAUACCAGCUGAACAUCACAACAAGGAGCACGCAGGACGGCAGCCUCCUGGAGAUGGAGCGGCUGUGGCUGAAUAGCCCUGUCACUGAGUACCGCCUGCCUGAGCACAGCCCUGGCAGCAGAUAUGUGGUGAUGAUACAGGGACUCACAGCUGCUGGAGCCGGGGCUGCAUCACUGUGGGAGCUUCAGGCCAACAGCUCAGACACCCCACACCCUCUCGACAUCAGCUGCCACAGCAUCCGUGACAUCUCCCCAUCCCAAGGGACAGCAGUGCUUCCUCUCCACCCCAUCGCCCGUCCCUCUGAAGCAGUGAGGGAGCACCAGCUCAUCGUGGCUGUGAUGGACAAUGUCACGUCAGUGGAAGGUGCCUGUUCAUGGGAGCCGCAGCCCUUCAAUGCCAGCCAGCAGCCUGGUGCUUACGUGGCUGCUGUGCUCAACCUCACGGCCCCCACAGAAUUUGUGUUGGGCAAUGGGACCCACGGGCAGGGUUACCACAACGCUGCCCUUCACCCGGGUUGGGACUACAUGGUCCUUCUCCGUCUAGUCCGCCGCUCACAACAGGCAGAGAAGUUCUCCUGCAUCUGCUACAGCUUCUCUCUUGUUGCAGGGCAGCAUCCAGGGCCGUGGCAUGGGACUGUGGUUGGGGUGGUUGUGCUGUUGAUACUCCUCCUCAUUUCUGCAGGGAUCCUGUGGUUCGUGCUUUCCAGGAAAAGGAAGUCUUUGCCCAGCAAAGCUAAGGAGGAUCAUUAAAAAGGUAAAGGUGGCCAGGCUGGAGAUCAGUCACUCUAUCCCCUGACCAGAAGCACAGGAGGCAUUCGGAGUGGUGAGGGGUGGAGAAGAUGGGGAGAAUGACCCCAGCUUCAUGCUCAUGUCUGCCGGGGCCCCUGGCUCUCCUGUGACUGUGACCAGUGCUAGGGGUCUUAUCCAAUUCAAAAGAGCAAGAGGAAAUCAGGAGGCCAAGGAGGGUUGUGAGCUUUUUCUUUGCUCACCCCCUUUACCUCCUAGCUUUCACUUAUCUCUGUUGCAAGGCCUUUGACCACAACUUUUUGUAGUGCCUGCUUUUUAGACUUUGCUUUUAUUUUUUCUUUCUUAGAAGCAGGAACUGUACAUCAGGUUUCCCAGUCCAUGACUCAGCAGGACUCAGGCUGAGGCAUGCCCGUGAUUCUGUCAUGUCCUGGAUUCCCAACCCCUCUCUGCUGAUACCGAGCCAGACCCAGGGCUCUGCUGGAGCUUGGCUUGACUUGGCUGCCUUUAUGAUUCUGCCCUCUCUGUGUAGACAACCAAUAAAGACUUGUGUUUUGGAGGGAUCUGCCUGCCCCACCA